AUGGCCUCAAGCAAGUCAGAAUGCGAGUCUUUGCAGCUUGGAAGUGCAGAUGGCCAGCACGAAGGUGACAGGGCGUCAGCGCCAUCAAUAGUUAUCCUCUGCACUUGGAAUGGCGGCGCAACCCCACGACGAAUCAACAAAUACAUCACACAAUAUCACCAAAUAUAUCCUGGAACAAAUAUCCUUGUUAUAACAACAACUGUUCCCAAUACAGCGUUUUGGCCUCUGCGCGUGGUCCGUUCCCGCCUGCAGCCAACCUGUCAGGUCAUCCAACGAAUACUAGCAAAGUCGACCAAUCCCAGCACAUUGCUUCAUUUCUUCUCCCAUGGUGGGGGCAGCAUGGCUGCUCAACUGUCAUUGGCCAUGCAAGAGGGUGCUGACCAAGGUGCACUAUUCCUCUCCAGUCUACGCGGUGUAAUCUUCGACUGUUGUCCCGGAGCCGACAGCUUCGAGCAGACAUAUGGAGCUGCAAAACUAUCAAUGGGAGCGGAUGUCCUAUCUCAGAUUUUUACAAAAACACUGCUCUAUCCAUCGAUCGCUGUGGUAAACAAACUCCAGAGCUCGGGUGUGCUACGCUCUGUGCGAGACUUACGCGGCGUACUGAAUGAUCCAUCUAUUUUUGGGGCCCAAAUAAGGAGGCUGUACAUUUACACGAAAGAAGAUACCAUGGUUGGAUGGACUGAGGUACAAAAACAUGUCGAGGAGGCCCGAUGUCGCGGCUACCAUGUUGAUCAAGUUCUUUUUGAGCAUGGCAUGCAUUGCAGUUUGAUGAUGGAAGAUUCCGCACGGUACUGGUCGGCUGUACAGAAAUUCUGGAUUGGGGAUGACACUGCAGAUCCUGGUAUAUCAAGUCCAGAGGAACUGAAAAUUCGCAGUCGCCUGUGA